AUGAGGAAAUUGUCGGGGGAUUUAAAGGCCACGGCUGCCACACCACUCACACCUCCUGUCACAACGCCUCAACCGCAACCAGACGGUACGGACCGCAGCAAGAGUGCGGGUGGCCAAGCGACAUAUGAGCCGCUGCAUGUCUUGGGUCAGGGGUCCUUUGGUGUUGUCAUGAUGGCAAGAGUGCGGGAAACAGGGAAGAUGGUUGCUGUAAAGAAGGUUCUCUUCGAUCGUCGUCUGCAUCACCGCGAGCUUUUGCUUUUGCGUGAUCACCUCGGUCCUGGCACACACGCUGGGCAGGCUGGAACAGGAAAUCAUGAUGACCCAGGCAAGGAAGCUGGAAAAACCGAUCCCAGUAACACCAAUAAUUCCGCGGGGGAGGUGGGGUUUACGCCACUUGGGGAUUUGGCGUCAGUUCCCACCACAGUGUCAUAUCAUCCGUGUAUUGUGAGACUGUUGGAUCAUUUUACUGUAGCGGGUCCCAAUGGAGAGCAGUACCUUUAUAUUGUGAUGGAUUACCUGCCAUUGGAUAUUCACCAUUUACACCAUAUUUAUCUGCGGCAAAAACAGCAGCGGAUGCCAUUUAUUUUAGUAAAAGUUAUUAUGUUUCAGCUUGCACGGGCUUUAAUGUUUCUGCAUUUGCGCGGUAUAUGUCAUCGUGAUGUCAAACCUAGCAACUUAUUAAUUGACCCAGAAACGGGAGUAUUGAAGCUUUGUGAUUUUGGUAGCGCCAAGGUGAUGCAGCCUCAAGGCGUGAAUGGCCCGAUAGAGAAGAACGUAUCAUACAUUUGCUCCCGCUACUACCGCGCUCCGGAGUUGCUGCUCGGUUCAUUGUACUAUCACUUUCAUGUAGAUAUGUGGGCGGCGGGUUGCGUGCUUGCUGAGCUGCUUUGCGGUGAGGUGCUGUUUAAGGGAGCUAGCACGGUGGAUCAAAUGGCCGAGAUAUUUAAGGUUCUUGGAGCUCCAUCACGUCAGGAGCUUCUGGCACUAAAUCCACAGGGCGCCGAGGCUCUUUUUCACGCCACCGGGGCCGGACUUGAAGUGACACCAACGUCGGCGGCGAAUACUGCCACCAGCAGUGAUUACCUGCAGCGUUAUCACGCCCUUCGCAUAAAGGCACUUCAAUGGCAAAAUGUGCUUCCGCCAAACACACCACCAGCCGCGGUGUCGUUAGUGGGAGAGUUACUGCGAUAUACACCGGCCGAGCGACUGUCCGCUGCGGAGGUUUUGGAACAUUCUUUUUUUGAUGACAUCUUCGCCGAGGAUGCGUCCCUUCCAAAUGGGGCACCGCUUCCUGUCAGCAUGUUUGAGGUGACAGCCGAAGAGAUGGAGGCGCUUCCGCCUUGGCUGCUGGAGCGCAUGGCUUCCGCGGAGGCCUCCGCAAGACGACGGCAUGUGAGUGCAGGUGGCAGCGGUAAAGUGGUGCCACCACAGAAGCGUCAAGAACAGGAGGGGCGAAAAUAA